AUGAUGAGAGUUCAAACCUUAAGAGAAAAAUGGGCUUAUUGGAGACGGAGGCAAUUAUCUUUAAAACAGGCCGAUUUCAAGGAUAUAUUCAAAAAAUCAACUUCAGGAUCUCUAGUGGAAGAGGAAGACCAACACAUGAAAUUGUCCCUUGGAAGCAGCGAAAUGGGCCUCUCCUCCCAUUUGCAGUCUUCCAAGGCGGGAACCACACGCAUCUUUACCAGCAAUACCCACAGUUCUGUGGUGUUACAGGGGUUUGACCAGCUCCGACUUGAAGGGUUGCUCUGUGACGUGACCCUGAUGCCGGGGGACACAGAUGACGCCUUCCCUGUGCACAGAGUCAUGAUGGCCUCUGCUAGUGAUUACUUCAAGGCUAUGUUCACAGGUGGAAUGAAAGAACAAGAUUUAAUGUGCAUUAAGCUUCAUGGCGUGAGCAAAGUCGGUUUAAGGAAAAUUAUUGAUUUCAUUUACACUGCAAAGCUUUCUCUUAAUAUGGACAACCUUCAAGACACACUGGAAGCUGCCAGUUUUCUACAGAUCCUGCCGGUUUUGGACUUCUGCAAAGUAUUUCUCAUAUCUGGGGUCACUUUAGACAACUGUGUCGAAGUUGGGCGGAUUGCCAACACCUACAAUCUGACAGAAGUGGAUAAAUACGUUAACAGUUUCGUCUUGAAGAAUUUUCCUGCGUUGCUGAGCACCGGAGAGUUCUUGAAACUCCCUUUUGAACGUCUUGCCUUUGUGCUUUCCAGUAAUAGCCUUAAGCACUGCACUGAACUUGAGCUCUUUAAGGCUACCUGUCGCUGGCUACGCUUGGAAGAGCCUCGGAUGGACUUUGCUGCAAAAUUAAUGAAGAAUAUACGAUUUCCACUGAUGACACCACAGGAGCUCAUUAAUUACGUGCAAACCGUGGAUUUCAUGAGAACUGACAACACGUGUGUGAAUCUCCUUUUGGAAGCCAGCAAUUACCAAAUGAUGCCAUAUAUGCAGCCAGUGAUGCAGUCAGACAGGACUGCCAUUCGGUCUGACACCACUCAUUUGGUUACACUAGGAGGAGUGCUGAGGCAGCAGCUGGUUGUCAGCAAGGAAUUGCGCAUGUAUGAUGAAAAGACUCAAGAGUGGAAGUCCUUAGCCCCCAUGGAUGCCCCAAGGUACCAGCAUGGCAUUGCUGUCAUUGGAAAUUUCCUGUACGUCGUUGGUGGACAGAGUAAUUAUGACACAAAAGGAAAAACGGCAGUUGAUACAGUCUUCAGAUUUGAUCCUCGAUACAAUAAGUGGAUGCAAGUUGCAUCUUUAAAUGAAAAGCGCACCUUCUUCCACCUAAGUGCCCUCAAAGGAUACCUGUAUGCAGUUGGUGGGCGAAAUGCAGCUGGUGAACUGCCUACGGUAGAAUGUUACAAUCCAAGAACAAAUGAAUGGACUUACGUUGCCAAAAUGAGUGAGCCCCACUAUGGCCAUGCUGGAACUGUGUACGGAGGCGUAAUGUAUAUUUCAGGAGGAAUUACUCAUGACACUUUCCAAAAGGAGCUCAUGUGCUUUGACCCUGAUACUGACAAAUGGAUCCAAAAGGCACCAAUGACCACUGUCAGAGGUCUGCAUUGCAUGUGUACAGUGGGAGAAAGGCUGUAUGUCAUUGGUGGCAAUCACUUCAGAGGAACAAGCGAUUAUGAUGAUGUCCUAAGCUGUGAAUACUACUCACCGAUCCUUGACCAGUGGACCCCAAUUGCUGCCAUGUUAAGAGGGCAGAGUGAUGUUGGGGUCGCUGUCUUUGAAAAUAAAAUCUACGUGGUUGGUGGGUAUUCAUGGAAUAAUCGUUGUAUGGUAGAGAUAGUGCAGAAAUAUGAUCCAGAUAAAGAUGAAUGGCAUAAGGUUUUUGAUCUCCCAGAGUCCCUGGGUGGCAUCCGAGCUUGCACACUCACAGUUUUUCCACCUGAAGAAACCACACCAUCACCUUCUAGAGAGUCCCCUCUUUCUGCACCUUAAGAUCGUCCCUACAACUAAGAUGCUGUAGUCCUAUCUUUGCACCGUGUCACGCAUUCUCUUCUUUCACCCUCCCCCUUAAGUAGUGUAUGUUAGGAUUAGCCCCCAGUAAUUGAUACAAAUAUUGGAAAAAAGACGACAUUGAUGUUCUUUGUGCUGUUUGUUUGGCUUUGAGUGCUUAUAAAGUGGUAACAAAACCAUUCUGGAAAUGUAUCCCAUAGAAGCUGAUGUUUAACAUACGAGGAGAUAAAAAAAAAAAAGAAGCAAGGCAAGGUAUUGUCUAUAAGAUGUUUCUGCAGUACUUUUUUGAUGCUGUGUACUGGGUGUAAGGUAUUUGUCAUCUUACAUUA